AUGCGUAUCGAGGAACUCAUCAUCGACGGCUUCAAGUCGUACCCCGUGCGUACGCACGUUUCUGGUUUCGAUGCGUCCUUCAACGCAAUCACCGGUCUCAAUGGAUCCGGUAAAUCCAACAUUCUCGACUCAAUCUGCUUUGUGCUCGGUAUUACCAACCUCACUGCAGUACGAGCCAACAACCUCCAAGAUCUCAUCUACAAACGAGGUCAGGCUGGCAUCACCAAGGCAUCGGUCACCAUCGUUUUUGACAAUACAGAUCGUGCCAAGUCGCCCGUCUCGUUCGAAAAUUGCCCCCAGAUCACCGUGACUCGCCAAAUUGCCAUGGGUGGCCUCAGCAAAUACCUCAUUAACGGUCACAAAGCCACACAACAAGCGGUGCAGAACAUGUUUCAGAGCGUACAGCUCAACAUUAACAAUCCCAACUUCCUCAUCAUGCAGGGCAAGAUCACAAAGGUGCUCAACAUGAAACCAGCAGAGAUCCUCUCCAUGAUCGAAGAGGCCGCAGGUACGCGCAUGUUCGAGGACCGCAAAGACAAGGCCAUCAAGACCAUGUCCAAGAAAGAUCAGAAAGUCAAAGAAAUCACUGCUCUCCUUGAAGAAGAAAUUACACCCAAGCUCGACAAGCUCAGAGAGGAGAAGCGCUCUUUCCUCGAAUUUCAAAAGGCCAGCACAGAGCUCGACCGCCUCACGCGACUCGCCAAGGCGUUCGAGUGGCAGCAGUGCUGCGCCAAGUACGAGGAGAGAAAGGCGCUCGUCGAUGAAAAAUCACAAGAUGUGCAAGAGCGCGAAGACGAGGCCAAGGCGCUCAGGCGACAGAUCGAGAGCAUCGAAAAGGAGCUCGCACAGAUCGAAAAGAAAAAGGAGGCAGAGAUGAUCAAGGGCGGCAAACUCCAGGCGCUCGUCAACAAGAGCAAGGAGCUUCAGCAUGACCUCGUCAAGCGCAAGACCAAUGUCGAUCUCAAGAUGGGCUCAGUCGAAGAGGAGCGCAAGAAGCUACAGGCAGACCAAGCUUCGCUCGAAGCACUACGUCAGACGCUCAGUGAGAAAGAGGAACAGCUUGUCGACCUCUCUGGCUCCUUUUCCAAGCUCAAGGCCGAUUACGAUGGCGCUAUCGCUGAGGUCAACAAGCAAGACGAGUUGCUGCAAACCCUUCUUACCGGUAUGGCUUCGUCCUCCAAAUCCAAAGGAGGUGAAAGCUCGGCUGGUGGCUACAUGGGCCAGAUCGCUUCGGCACGUGCCGAGGAGACAGCCGCCAGCACAGAGAUCGAGCAGUCCAAGCUACGCAUUGGACAUCUCGAGAAGGAAGUCAAGCAGAAGGAGCCGCUCGCCAAAAAGGCGCAGAAGGACGCUGCAGGCCUUAUGGGAGAGCUCGAGUCGUCACGCGCUGCUGUAGAGCAGCUCGAAGCGCACAUGCAGAAGCUCGGCUGGGAUGACGACAAGGAAAAGUCCUUGCUGCAAUCCAAGGCCGAGUGGAGCCGUCGUAUUUCGGACCUUCUUGAGCGCAAAGAGGCGCUCAAGUCCAAGCUGGCGGGCAUGGACUUCCAAUACUCGGAUCCCGAGCCCAACUUUGACCGAUCGCGUGUCAAGGGUCUGGUAGCGUCGCUGAUCCAGCUUGACCAGGACAAGCACAAAUACUCGACGGCGCUCGAGAUUUGCGCCGGCGGCCGACUCUACAAUGUCGUUGUCGAGGAUGAAAAGGUGGGCUCGAAACUCUUGGCCCAUGGCCAGCUCAAGAAGCGUGUCACCUUGAUUCCGCUCAACAAGAUCAAUGCCUUUGUCGCUAGUGCCGAAAAGGUGGGGGCCGCAAAGAAGCUUGCACCCGGCAAAGUCGACCUUGCAUUGUCUCUCGUAGGAUACGACAACGAGGUGAGCCGUGCCAUGGAGUAUGUGUUCGGCAACACGCUCGUGUGCGCCGAUGCAGCUACCGCCAAACGUGUCACGUUCGACAACGCGGUGCGCAUGAAGUCGGUGACGCUCGACGGCGAUGUGUACGACCCCGCGGGUACACUCUCAGGUGGAUCCAAGCCCAACUCGGGCAAUGUUUUGGUCAAGAUGCAAGACCUCAUCAAGAUUGACAAAGCGCUCAAAGAAGCCAGGAUCGAGCUCGGUAAAGCCGAGUCGGAGAUCCAGUCUUCAAAGGCGCAAAUGGUCUCGUUCUCCAAGGCGAAACGUGAUCUUGAUCUGAAGCGGCAUCAGGUGACGCUGCUCGAGUCGCAGAUCAGCGGCUCCAACGCGACGCGCAUCAUUAGCGAGGUCGAAAAGGCCAAAACAUCCAUCGCUGAACUCAAACAAGCCAUCGAAACAGCCAAGCAGCGCCAGCAAGACGCGAGCAAGGAAGCCAAGCGCCUCGAAAAGGAGAUGGAGGAGUUCGACAAGAACAAGGACUCGAAGCUCGAACAGCUCAAGACCGAGAUCAAGCGCAAGAAGGCCGAGGUGCAGAGGCGAAGUGGCGACAUCAAGGCUCGUCAGGGAGAAGUGCGUACGCUUGAGCUCGAGCUCGAACAGACGCGUGCCGAGAUUACGGUAUGCGAAAGGACGAUUGUAGAAGGCGAGCGUGCCAUCAAGAAGGUCGAAGCUGAGCUUGCAGAUAUGCAGGCCAAGCUCGAGGAGCUGCAAGCGGAUGUGGACAGGGUCGAGUCAAAGUUGAUCGAAGAGCGUGCUACGCUGUCGGGCUACGAGGAUGAGCUAGCUGCACUGCGAGAUGCGCUUAAGUGCAAGAAGCAAGAGAUCGCCGAUGGCGCACUGGCGAUCAAGCAGCUCACACACGAUCGAGAGAAGCUCGCGGGCGACGUUGCCGGCUACGAAAAGUCGAUCCAGCAGCUGGAGAAUCAAUUUGAAUGGAUCCAGUCGGAGCAGCGCUUCUUCGGUCAACCAGGCACCGUCUAUGACUUUGGCAAGCACAACAUGAGCGAGGUACGCAAGCGAUGCAAGAAGCUCGAAGAGACGCAGCAAGGGAUGCGCAAGAAGGUGAAUCCCAAGGUGCUCUCAAUGAUCGAAGGUGUCGAGAAGAAGGAAUCAACGCUUAAGACAAUGUUGUCUACCGUUCUCAAGGACAAAGACAAGAUUGAAGACACCAUCACCGAACUCGACCGAUACAAACGCGAUGCACUCCAAAACACGUGGGAGAAAGUCAAUGCCGAUUUCGGCUCCAUCUUUGGCGAGCUUCUACCAGGCAACUACGCGAAGCUUCAACCACCCGAGAACCAAGACUUGACGCAAGGUCUGGAAGUCAAGGUUCGUCUGGGCACCGUGUGGAAGCAGAGUCUUACGGAGCUUUCGGGCGGACAGAGGAGCUUGAUCGCGCUCAGCUUGAUCAUGAGUCUGCUGCAGUUCAAGCCUGCGCCCAUGUACAUUUUGGACGAGAUCGAUGCAGCUUUGGAUCUGAGUCACACGCAACACAUUGGACAGCUGUUUAGGAACAGGUUUAGGGGAAGCCAAUUUAUUGUGGUUUCGUUGAAGGAGGGGCUGUUCACGAAUGCAAAUGUGCUGUUCCGCGCGAGAUUCAGGGAUGGCACAAGUUUGGUGGAGCGCACGGUGAACGCGAAUCGGACGACGGCGGUGGGUGGUGAAGAGGAAAAGGAGAAUGCGAACCCGCAAGGUGGAGCGAGGACCAAGAAGGGUAAGGCUGCUGGUGGAUCGUCGGUGACUGGCCGGAUGGUUGCGGCCUAG